CAGCAUGUCUAUUUCGAUGUACGCGACAAUAGAGGAGGAAUUUCCGUUGUAAAGGAAAAAGUAGCUUUUUCGAGCUGCUAUUCAAACCGUGUCCUACUUAGCGCUAAGUUUUCCUAUUUGGGCCUGCCAAGCACGCGCCAAGACGGGUAA